AUGGCCAACCGUGUGCACCGAAUCACCAUGUUCAAGCUCCCCAGCAAGGACGAUCAGGCUAAGCUGCUGGACCAGUACCACAAGCUUGAUGCCGCUCAGCAAAGGGACGGCAAGCCUUAUAUCCUCUCCAUGGUCGUCGGUGCCGCUGAUGAGGAUGCUCGAUCUCAGGGAUACACCUUUGUCUCCAAAACUGAAUUUGCCAGUAUGGACGACAUGAAGUACUAUGAUGAUGGCUGCCAAGCUCACCAGGCGCUGAAGGAUUUUGUCAAGGGCAACCUCAGCCCCGAGGGUGUCAUGACUGUUUACUUUAAGCCCCAAGCUAUCGGUGGUGCUGACCACUCUUAA